GUCCAUCUUGGCCUCUGGACUGACUGGUCGCGCGGUCGCGUGCUAGGGCAGACGCUGACACUCAGCCGUAAAGACGGCAAUCUUUUGACUGCUUUCACGGCGUCCUUUGUUGUAUUCGUGGGUGCUCGAGUCUGGAGUAUGACAAGCUUGUUCCUCCACCGCUACUAUUCGACCCCCGAAGACCGUGAUGCCCUUCACCACCAGCGCCAGGUGCUCUUACGCAAUACGUCCUCCGCGGACGAUGCCACGCUCUCUUUCAUACAGUUGUUCUGGGCAUGGCGCGGCUCCGCUGUACGAUGCCUACGUCGAUUAGCACCCGUGCUGGUGCUGUCCAUCAUCUGCACAGUGGGCUUCACUUUGGCAGGCGGCUACUCUUCUCAAAUCCAGAUUGGCGACAAUAAUGUCGGCAGUGACGUUCUCCUCAGUGGGACCAACUGCGCCAUCGCCAGCCCGAACGUCUCUACGCUGGAAGAUGCCAUGGCCUACGACAGACUGAUAUCAAAAUGGAUCGCCGACUCUGUCAACUAUGUCCAACAAUGCUACUCGUCCAACAGCUCGGGCCUAGCCGAUUGCAACUACUUUGUGACGCAGACACUGCCAGCCUACGUCAAUACUACGGCCAACUGCCCCUUUGAGGAUUCCAUAUGUAAGAACGCCUCGACCAAUAUUGUUUUGGACACGGGGCUGCUCAACAGCCACGAGCACUUUGGCAUCAAUGCACCUCAUGACGAGAGGAUUCUGAUUCGUUCUGUGCUGGAGUGCGCGCCGCUGGUGACUGAGAACUUUACCCUCUCUGAUGGCAACUUCACCGCCUACGAGUACGGACCCCUGCUGGUACCAAGCUCUGUCGGUAACCCCAUCAACUAUACGUACGAAGCCUAUGAUGUGGAAUGGCAGUAUAAGACUAUGAAUGACCACCAAGGAGUCUUUUCCGGGACACAGAAUAGUACUCCCGCCCUGGACCCGGGCAGCGGUUUCACGCCCAUCAACCAGCUCGCUAGGACUGACGCAGAUCUUACCAUCGUCUUCCUCUCCGGCUACGGCGUCUUCGCUGGGACACCCAUUUAUGACCCCUGGUAUCAAUCUACGGUGCCUUUCACCAACAUCAGCAGCCAGGGGAAGACCGGUAUCGAACAAGUCUACCGCCUGGACAAUGCAGCCUCCCCAUUGGGCUGCGCCAGCCAGUGGCAGUUCUGCAACGCCGAUUCUAGCGCCUGCGGACCGCUGGCUAGCUAUGACGACGCUGUCUCGAGCGCUGCCUCUGAGGUUUUCGGCGACACUGACGCAGCUAAUCGGUUUGCGUGGUUCACCAACUCUUUAAACCUCCUCACCAAUAUGCUGCAGGGCAUGUUGGAGGCGGCACAGGUCAACGCCCUCCUCGCUGCGCAGAGUGUGGACGACGGCUACCAGGAGUCGCUCCCUGACAACCAGUGGCAGCUCGAGGUAACCAACUGGUUCGCCAUCUCUCUGGCCUUCAUGCAACAGGCCAUCGUGGAGACUGCGUCCGGCUCCGCAGCACAGGAGGCCGAGCUGGUAUCCGAAAAGCCCACAAGCGCAGCUACCACAGCCAUGUGCCGUAAUCAAAAGAUUCGCACGACGAGAUACGCCUCCUUCAGUUUCUUCGGCAUCAUGUUCGUCUAUGUUCUUGGCGUCGUCCUCAUCGCACUCUCUUUCUCGCUAGAGCCGAUUCUGGCUUCUCUGUACCGGCGACGCGGCUACCGCCAAUACAGCUUCGCUGAGUGGAACUCGCACGGCACGCUGCAGCUCCAGCGCCUUGCACACGAUGAUGGUGAUGAUGAGUGGGCCGGGUGCAUGGAACAGAUCCCGGUC